AUGCCACAACGAGAAAAUGGAGAAUUAUCUUCCGCGGAUCAGCAACAAGUGACAGAACAAGAAAUGUUGGAAUUGGGUGAUGUUCCUGUUCUUGCAACAUCAUCGAGAGAGUUAGAGAAUGCUCGGAAUGUACAUUUUGCAUCAUCGGAACGAGAUGGAUUAUUUGAUUCGGACUCUGAAGAUGAAUUGGAUUUACUCUCUCAUCAACGUUUAUCAUCCAAUUUUGAUUCAAAAAAUUCACUAUUAGGAAUUGAAAAUAGAAAGUUACAUAAUGGAAUUAUAAUGUUAGGAAUUAUAUUUGCUUGUGGAUUUAUAUUAUUACUUGCAUAUCGAUUGAUUGAAAAGCCGAUUGAAAGACAAUCUCCGAAAUUGAUGUCUCUCUCAUUGUUAUGGACACCUGUUGUUUGUAAACAAAAUAAUGAAAAGAAUGAAUAUGUGAAUAGCGUUUGUAAUGGACUUGUUCAACGAGGAAAUUCAUUAGCGAAAAACAAUUAUUUUGUGUUGACAUCAUUUAAAACAAUUUUGGAUUCAAGCGAUGCAAGUUGUGACUCACCCAAUCAAGCUGCAUAUUUGGGAAGCGAUUUUCCUUCUUCUAAAUCUGAUGAUUAUCAAAAAUUAGAAAAGAACUUUGCAAUGUUUUGGCCAAACAGAAAUUUAGAAAAUUUGGAAUCUUCUCAAGAUGAAUGGACACUCCACUACAACAAGUAUGGGAAAUGCCUGUUUGCAAAUAAUACGGCAGUUUCAAAUCCAACACAAUUUCUCUCCAUGUCUGUUGAAUUAUUUAAACAAUGGUCCAAUGAGUUGACCAUUGCUUCAGUUGGAGGCAGUAUCUUCAAUGAAACACUUUCGGUGGACGCUGUCUCUGUUUCAAAUGCAUUCACAGUGCCCAAAUGCGUCACCUCGAGCAAGGAUCCUCAACAGCAAAUCUUGACUGGAGUUGACAUUUGCUUGCUCGGCAAAUCACUUUCUCCUGCCACAGACGCUUCCCUUUGUCAUUUCAAACUAACAUGCGAUACAUCCAAGCCAAUUUCCUUAAUUCCCUUGUAA